CGAACACGUGUGGUCGGACAUGUAAACACAAAAGUCUUAAUACGUUCCCAAUUACGUUUCUCAGUUAAAUGACUACUCGGAAUAUUGAAGUGCACCUGGUUUAAUCUGCACGGUGUUUUUAGUGGUGGAGAAAUGUUUGUUGCGGCUUUUUCAGAGCAAGAGCAGAGAGAACUAGCUGAGAAGCUGACUUCGCUCCUGUCAACCUACAGACACAUAUCAGAUUCCUACAUAAUAGAGUUCUUCAGUGAGAGUUUGUGGGAUACUCUGCCUGUGAGCUGGCAGGACGCCCUCGGUGAUCUUACACCCCCACAGAUCGCUGAUCUGCUGCUGGAUAGAGAGAUUAAGGACAGGCGGUACCCGUCUGUGUGGCCUCUAUCCUUACUUGCACUGCGGUCAGCAGCACAUGCGCUGUCGUUUCCACGUAAAGCACCAGGUGGCCACAGUCAGGACACAGGUGCAGCAGUACCAGAUGAGUUUCAGUCGAACCAGAGUCAGAGUUCUUUAUUACGACACAUAUUCCGUAAACACGUCAAGCCUAAGAAGCAGCACGAAAUCCGCCGACUAGGCACGCUGGUCAAGAAGUUGUGUGAUCAGGCCAACUGUAGCAGUGUGGUUGAUGUUGGGUCUGGACAGGGUCAUUUGACACGGUUUCUGUCUUUUGGACUCGGCCUGGAUGUCACUGGAAUUGAGGCUGACCCUAACCUUGUUUCAAUGGCUACCAAAUUUGAUAGACAGCUGCUAUUGACACUCGCCAAAGAGAAUCAAAAGUCAGGAAACGCUCAGAGUCUUUAUUCUGUACCUGGUCCUUCUCCACGUCAUGUCGUGGGCUGGGUUAACCCAAAGGCUUCAUGGGAUGUCUUCAUUCAACAGCUUGGUGUGACAGCAACUGAAAGUGACAGUAUUGGAGCAACCAGUGGGUCAUAUGAAAAGAAUCAGCGGGUGGAAGAGCUGCAUCUAGAGCCGCAUUCAUGCCAAACCAAAGCAGAGGAGUUACAAAAUACACUUCUGACUCAAAAAAACGACAUGAACACUUCAGACUCUGUAGCACAAAUAAACACAAUUUUUCCAUCAGGGAUGGCGACUGAAAUGCUUACCUGCAAAACCGUAUCAGUUACUGACUGUGGUGCCAAUAAACCUAGAAGUUUUUUACUCACAGGUCUUCAUGCUUGUGGAGACCUUAGCUCUACACUUCUGCGUCAUUUUGCCAACUGUCCUCACGUUCAGGUCAUCACAUCAGUUGCUUGCUGCUAUAUGAAAAUCUCAACGAAGGAGAGCCCAAACCCUCCGGGGGUUUUCCAGCCCCCAUUUUCUACAGAUACAGUGGCGGAUUCCUGUUCAGAAUAUGGUUAUCCGAUGAGUGACUGGGUACGUGGAUUACCAGGGCACCAGUUGUCGUAUAAGGCACGAGAGGGAGCGUGUCACGCAAUAGAGGACUAUCUACACCGACUGAGAGAGGAGAGCAGCUUACUGCGGACACACUGCUACAGAGCCAUCUUAGAAAGCAUCAUCAGAGCGGAGAGGCCCGAUAUGCGAAGACCAGGCGUUCAGACCGUUAAAAAAGCCCACGCACUGUCAUUUUCCGAGUAUGCUUGUUUGGCAUUGCCACGGGUGGGCCUACCUGCUGAUGUCCAAUUUGACCCUGCCGAUGUGGAUGCAAUGCUAGCGCACCAGGGUAAAGUGGUGGCGUACUUCAGCCUGGUUCUUCUCCUUGCACCUGUGGUGGAAACUCUAGUGUUAUUGGAUAGAAUGAUUUUCCUGCAAGAGAGAGGUUUCCAGAGUAAACUCAUCCCACUCUUUGAUGCUGCUUUUUCUCCACGAAACCUGGUACUGGUGUCCGUCAAGCCCAAAGAAGCGCAGAGCUGAAUGAAAUAACAUACACCAACAUCAAAUCCAAGUUCUGAGUCACAACCACAUUAUUAGAUUAACAGAAACAUAUGAAUGAAAUGCCCUUAAAUGAACUGCCACAUUUUUAGGAACCAAAAUUGGAGGUUUGAGUUUACGUUUUCCAAAGUGAUUCAUUAAUGGGUCACUGUCAGUCAUUUUUUCCCCCUGUCAUGCUUGCUUUCAGUCAUGUGAAAAAAUUGCAUCGCAUUUUAAAUGACCUUUAAAUGAGGAAAAUUCUUCUUCCGAAUACUAAACUUUUAAAAGAUGUUUUUAAUAUUUUUAACCUUAUUAAAAAGACAGUCAAACUGUUUUUUUCUCUAAUGUAUUUAAGAAGGAUUUAUAUUACACUGGACAAAGUUGCUAUUGCCUGUGGGUUCACCUCUAUUACAAAAGACAUUCAGACCCAGAAUCUACUGUAUAACUGCAGGUUACAUCUGCAAAUAAAAACACUGUAAUUGA